UAUGUGCAAACGUGGGAUCCGGACAGGCAGCCUGUCGCCCCAAUUAUGACGUACACGGGCGACGUUUCCAGCCUUCGAAGGAGCCCUUUUGGUACAAUCUGUUUAUCUCACGACUAACAUGGCGCUGACUUCGCACCUCACGCACAUUUAGGCGGUCUCAGCGUCAUUUGAAGCUUUUGUUUGGAAGCGAUGUGACGUGCACGCCGGGGAGCAGUGCGUGUGAGGUUCUGGAUGGCUCGACUGAAGCGGACAGUGGUUCUGUUGCUGCUGGUCGUCAGCAGCUCAGUGUUCCUGCUCUUCCAGCUUUACUACUACCGGAACUACGUCAGCCAGCCUGGCCCACACAUCCUGAGGCGUACCGGUCACCUGACUGCUGACGAUGUCCAAUGGAAAACUGUGAAGAAGUUCAUGGCUUUAGCUCAGCACUUCAAGCUGCCGCUCUUCCUAGCUGACACUGCUGCUUUGACAUUGCUUUCCCAGGAUGCUUUGCUGCAGCACGAUCGGCUGGUACAUCAGCCACACUGCAGCUUCUUGUGCACUGGCCGGCCCAUCACAUCCUUUGCACUGCAGGCCAACCAGUGGAAAUAUGAAACUGGUUUCCUAUUGGCUGCAGAGCAGAAAGGGUUUGAUCUGUUGGAGCUACGAGGAGAGGAUCCACGACUGGCCAGCCUGGACACUAUGUCAGGUGAAGAGAUUCCACUGCACUUCCUCUUGCGGCUCCAUGGACAUGUCAUCCAGGUGGUGUUCCUGUAUGAGCGAAGCGGGAAGUACUUGUGGCAUGGACCGUUGCGUCUUAAAGCGAACAUGGACAGAAGCUUUGCUCCCUUUAAGCUGUUGGACUACGGACGCCAUGCAGGAGCUUAUGACAGACCAGAACUGGUGCUGACCAUAGUGGAUGGUCUUGAUGUUCAAAUCCCACGCAAUGUUUCCCGAUUUCUGGUGGCGCAGCAGCAUUCUCGUUUCCUGGACUGUAACUAUCGUGAUGCUCGCAACUUCCUGCAGCUCUACCCUGAUGACUCGUCUCCGGCGAUGCUGGAUUUUCGGCGGAAAGCAAAGUCACUUCUGCAUUUGACGGCUCAAACUCUUGCUCAGGUCAACGUUCCAUUCUGGCUCAGCAGUGGCACCUGCCUGGGCUGGUUCAGACAGUGCAGCAUUAUUUCAUACAGUCAGGAUGUUGACAUCGGUAUUUUCAUUACGGACUUCAGACCCAGCAUCAUCACAGCGCUGCAGCAAGCUGGUCUGUCGCUUAAACACAAGUUUGGAAAGGUGGAAGACAGUCUGGAACUUUCUUUUCUGAGUGAUGACAUCAAACUAGACAUUUUCUUUUUCUAUGAGGAUGGAGACAUCGUAUGGAAUGGAGGGACACAGGCUAAGAGCGGAAAAAAAUUUAAGUACGUGUUCCCUCAUUUUUCACUCUGCUGGGCGGAACUCCUUGAGCUUAAAGUUCGCAUCCCAUGUGAAACGCUCGAUUAUGUGACUGCAAACUAUGGUGCCACGUGGAAUAUCCCACUGCGGAUAUGGGACUGGAAAACUUCACCAAACAAUGUCCAGGACAAUGGGGUGUGGCCUCCAGAUGAGUGGGCAGAGCUUAUUCAAGUGUAUUGACUGGUGUUCAAAUCAACUCGUAAAUAAGAUGUUAAGA